AUGACAAAUGCCCCACCAGUCGCCCCAGUCCCGGCAACCUCUUCGAUUGUAUCGAUCGUUUGUCGCAUCUGCUACGAUAACGACAAAGAAGAAGGACUGAUUUCACCGUGUGACUGCAAAGGCACGGUGGGCUUCGUCCACCAAAGCUGCCUCGAAAACUGGCUGGCGGCCUCGAAUUCCACGAAAUGCGAGCUGUGCAACUUCUCGUUCGACGUCGAGCGAGUGCUCAAAUACAAAUCCACCGAAUCGGUGUGCUACUGGUGCUGGCACUCCGGCAACUCCAUCCUGCCCGUGCGCAACGACAUCCUGGCCUGCACGCUCAUCACGCCACUCACCGUCAUCAUCACCUACAUCUGUCUGCUGUCGUCGCAGUACUACAGCCAGACGAAGUUCAGCAACGAGCCGUCGGCGCGCUGGACGUCCUUCUCGCUGCUCUGCAUGGUCGGCAUCAUGUUCAUCGGCUACUACACCUGGGUGUACGCCACCAUACGGAUGCACGGCCGACGGUGGUACUAUUGGUGGCAGAGGGCCUGCGUCGUCCGGUUGAAGCCGCGGUCGCGCGCCAACGAGAGGAUCGCGCCGCUGAUCGCCACCACGGUGACCGUGGUGAACGAAAGGGCUCCGCCCGGUGUACCGGAACGGGAGGUCGUUAACGUGGAAUUGACAGAACGGGAGAGCUACGACAGGCGAUUGGCCGAUAGAUACGACGACGAGGAUAGUUAUAAUAAUGACAGUACCGAUUCUCCGGUUUAA